CGCGGAGUCCGGCUGGACCAUGGGGCCGCGAGGCGUCCCGCCACUGCUGAUGGUGUUGCUGGACUGCUGGGCGUCCGUGAGCGCCCAGGCCGGGGCCGCUGCAGCAGCGGCGACGGAGGGCCUGAGCCCGACGGAGGCAGUGCCGACGACUCCCCGACGCUCCUCAGCGUCCAGGCCCCCGGGAGCCCCCGACACUCACGCGGCCUCCUCGGGUCCCAGGCCCACCCCGGUCACAGACGUGGCUGCUCUGUGUGUCUGUGACUUGUCUCCAGCACAGUGUGAUGUCAGCUGCUGUUGUGAUCCCGACUGCAGCGCCAGCGAUUUUAGCCUCUUUUCUGCCUGCUCAGUUCCAGUUGUCACGGGUGAUAGUCAGUUUUGUAGUCAAAAAGCAGCCAUCUAUUCACUGAAUUUUACAGCAAGCCCACCUGAAAGGAUUUUUAAACUUGUUGAACAGAUCAAUCCAUCUAUUUUCUGCAUUCACACUUCAAACUAUAAAUCUGCAUUAUCCUUUAUUAAUCCAGAAGUGCCUGAUGAAAACAAUUUUGAUAAAUUGAUGAAAACAUCAGAUGGCUUUUCAUCAAAUGCAGAAGCAGGUGACUCUUUCACGGACAAACCAGACUCUCCAAAUACUGCCAAGUAUGAGUACGGGGUGCGUCUGCAGACGUCACAUUCAUUUCUGAGAUUUCCUUCUCCCCUCAUGUCUUCGUUGUGCACUGAUGAUAACCCUGCAGCAUUUCUAGUGAACCAGGCUGUUAAGUGCACCAGAAGGAUGCGUUUGGAGCAGUGUGAAGAAAUGGAAGCCCUGAGCAUGGCUUAUUACAGCAGUCCUAAAAUUUUGAGGGUGCCUAAUUCAACAGCAGAGGUCCCUAUCACUGUGCAGUCGCUUGUCGUUCGGUCUCUAAAUAACACACUCACCAGACUUGAGACCCGUGGGGUGCUGCACCAGGCUCUUGUGGAGGCCGGGGACGGUAAAAUCUGCACGAACGUGGUUCUUGAGGUGAAGUACAGCCUCUGGUACACCGGCGCGGGCGAGGUGGCGGCCGCGGGCCUGGCGCUCCUCCUGGGGGCCGUGGGCCGCGCGGCGCUUCCGCUUCAGCAGAAGUUUGAGAUCCGUUUUGCUCAGCACCGCGCCAGGCCAGUCCCUCUCGGCGGGAGCCCCGGCUACGCGGCGGGACGCCCCUUGGCCGCUGGAUUCCGGCCCCACCAGGGGUCUGGGAUUAUUCAGACCACGAAUAGACACGGACAACUUACUAUUCUCCGUAGCACGACCGAGCAGGACUGCUUAGCAGUAGAGGGGGUCCGGACCCCCGUGUUAUUUGGCUACAGUAUGCAGUCCGGCUGUAAGCUAAGGCUGACCAGAGCUAUCACGUGCCAGCGGAUAGAGCAGAGGAUGACGAGCCUGCUGCGGGGCCAGGGCUUCCCAGAUUACGUGGCCCCUUUCGGGGAUUCCCGGGCUCUGGGUGUGCUGGACUGGGUGCCUGUCCACUUCAGCACCCAGGCCUCCGGCGUGAAGGGUUACUGCCAGCUCCCGGUGGCUUUGGUGAUAGAGGUGAAGUGGACUAAAUACGGGUCCUUGCUGAACCCACAGGCCAGGAUCGUGAAUGUGACUGCGAAUCUGAUUUCAUCUUCACUGCCUGAGACCGACUCAGGGAAGGAGAGGACGAUUCUGGUCUCCACGGCAGUUGCUUUUACCGACGUGUCUGCGCCUGCAGAGCCCGGCUUCAGAGCUCGGCCGACCAUCAACGCCAAGCUGCCCUUUAAUUUCUUCUUCCCGUUUGUUUGACGAAUGCACUGGCUCCUUGACAGACCGGUGAAACUUGCAAAUCACGGAUGAGAUGACCUCUCAUGUACAACUCGUAGCAAAUCACGGAUGAGAUGACCUCUCGUGUACAACUCGUAGCUGCCCAGCUUUCUUGUUCACCCAAGCAAGAGUAAAGUGUUUACCACAGAAAA